AUUUGCUCGAGUUAAUCAUUUAAAUAAUAAAAAUUGUGAAAGUUAAGAAUCAAGUGCCUUCAAUUUUUCAUUUUUGAAGAUGUCUCAUGCUUGCGAUUUACACAAAGCAUUUGAAGAAAAGUCACAAAAAAGAUUUAUUGAAGCAUUGGAAGUAUUUGAAGUUGAUCCCAAUGCUACGGCAGAUAAUGACCCUAGAACAGUAUUUGAAAGAAUUUUAAAUACGCCUGACUCAGCUUGGUACAUCGAAAAAUGUAUUGAAUAUGGAGCUGACUUUAAUGUGAAAAAUAUGAACAACGAAUAUCCAAUACAUUACCUGAUAAAAUCACUUUGUAUUAAAAAUUUGAAAGCUGUUGAGCGUUUCCUACGUAUCGAUGAAUCCAAAGUUAAAGCUUCUCCAUAUGUGAAUGUAAAGGAUAUUCGUGAUCAAAACUGCUUGCAUAUAAUAGCUGAAAAACUCAACGAUGAAAAUAAGGACGAUAUAAUUGAGCUGAUGUGUACUUUACUGUCUUAUGGAUGCAACAUAAAUUCUCCAAAUGAUGAUCAGGAGACUCCGUUCUUUAUUGUGGUUAGAGAGCUACUGAAAUGGGAAAACGGACAAGAGGUAUUUGACAAACUUUUAGCGUCAACGACAAUUGACUUUCAUACUCAUAAAGGCGAUGAGAUUAUCAAAAUGGUGAAAGAUAAAUACAUAGCAACAAUACCAGAAAGAGAGAAAUUCGUCAUGUGCUAUGAAGAAAUGAAAAAACUUCUCGAAUCUGGAGAUAUAAAUAAAUUUGAGACAUUAUUCUCCUACUACAAACCAGACAGUGAUCAAAGUUUCCUUGACGAUUGCUAUUCUUACUUAGAAAUUGCUGUCCAAAAAUCUUACAUCAACAUUGUCGAUUUACUGAUCAAAAAAAGAAUUAACUUUAACAGGUUGCCUGUAGCAAAUAAGGCAAAUCGAAUCACACCUCCAUUUCUAGCGUAUAAAAAUGCAAAUGUUGGAAUCUUCAAGUCCUUCUUGCUAGCUAAAGAACAUCAAAAAUUUCCAGCUCAGUACAGAAACAUUCAAUGCAAAAGUGAAUACGAAAUUGAGUUCUACUGUGGUGAGAACAAAGAUAAGACAUUACUGCAUCAGUUUUUCUCAAAUGUUAAAGGAAACCAAAGCGUUAAAAAUUGUAAGACAAUAAAAAUGAGUAAAAAUGAGAAGAAGUGCUUCAAACUUUUAAUAAAUGACAUCCGAUGUGAUCAAGACUAUUUAAAUGCACUCGAUGAGGAAGGAAAACCAGUGAUUUAUUACGCAGUUAAAUACAGCGUUGACUACAUGACAUUCAAGUUGCUCGAAAAGGGUGCAUAUAUCGGACAUGUUGUGACUAAAAUUCGAAAUAGUCUGCUUAGUGAUCUACUUGACAGUUCCAUCACAUCGAAUGAUGAGUUUCACGACAGUAAAGAAUAUGAAAUAACAGCGAAUUAUGGAUUUCUUAUGCCUCCAAUUGAAAGCUGUAAGGAUGUUAGAGCCAAUAGUCAGGGAAAGGACAACAUUUCAAUGCACACCUUCAAUGGAAAUUCCAGGAAAGGCUCUCAGGAAGAUCUUGAACAGAAUAAUUUAACCAAAACAACACAAGACGUUAAAAAGCAGCAACAUUUAGAGAUGAACGUAAUUAAAUCACUGGCUGAAGAUUAUGACUACAGGCAGUUUGUCAUGCAUCCUGUUUUGUCAUCAUUCAUUUUUCUAAAGUGGAAAAAGAUAAGGUUCGUCCUACAUGUGAAUUUAAUGACAACUCUACUAUUCAUACUCACUUUCAUACCGUAUAUUAUGAUUGAUCGGUACAUUAAGGAGAAUAAGAAGGUUUUGGAAAGUUCAAAUGCAGAGGAUGGUGAAAUAAUGAAGGAAAGUGAAGUUGUCAUUUUGAUCAACAGAAUAUUUUUGGGACUAGCAUUCUUUAGUGUGUUUUUAAUGAUUGUUCGCGAAGCUUGUCAAUUUUCACUGUCCAAAAAAUCCUAUUUCUUGUCAAUCUCAAACUGGAUGGAUCUUAUCUUGAUUAUUGCUUCAUUAAUUUUUCUAUUUACUGAAAUUGAACUUCCGAUUCUUCAAACUUUGAUAAUUAUACUAGCAACUUCUGAAUGCUUUCAUCGAUUUGGAUACUUGCCAUAUUUGUCAGUUUCAUUGCAUGCAAAGAUCUUCAGAAAGGUUCUUGGGACAUUUUUAAAAUCACUGGCAUUUUUUUCCAUCAUGAUUGUUGGGUUCAUGCUAGCUUCUUAUACUUUAUAUAGAGAAAAUAUUGCAAGACUUAUGAGCACAACUUUAAUUAUGAAUAUAACGAAAGCUGAACUAACUUCAAGGAAAGUUAUAGAAAAUCCACUUGAAUAUAUUGGUGUGUUGGGCAUUAGUGCAUCUGUGGAUGACAAUACAUACAUUGGACUUUGUGCUCUUAUCCUAUUCAUUGUUGCUCUUUUAUUGCUUAACUUACUUAAUGCUCUGACUGUUUCUGACACUCAAGAAAUUAAAUCAGAUUCAAAACUUAUCGAUUUAUGUGAAAGGAUAUCCGUAAUGUGUAAUCAAGAGAAUCUUUACAGUGGAACAGGCAAAAUUAAUGAUUUAAUGCAUAAUGCAGUGUCAUUAUUUUCUGAAACUUUGACAGAUGGUAAGAUUUGUUUAAAACCAAAUCUGACUCCUGAAGCAAUGACAAGUGAUGGUAAAGCAAUAAAAAAUUACUGGCUUCAAAGCAUUUUGUGUUAUUUCGAUCGUCACAUGACUAUGGAUUCAGAAAUAUUAAGGAACAUGCGGACACUGUUAGUUAAAAAACGUGAGGAUUUGAUCAUUAAAGAUUAUAAGGAAAGAAGGUUUGAAAAAAUGGUUAAUGAUGUCUUGAAGCUUAAUGAGCAGAAGAAAAGUGUGAAAUAAGUUUUAAUUUUAAGUUAUGUCAAUUUUUAAUGAAAUCUAAUGGUUUCUAGCAGAGCUUGAAUAGAUGAAAUUUUGUAUGAAGUCGAGUCGACUCGCAGUCAACUCCGUCAUUCAAAAUCGAUAAAAAUUUAGAGUUUGGCUUCUUGCUCUGGUUUUUAAGGGCUAUCCGAGGUAUCCCAAUUUUUGUAUUCAAUAUAUUUUUUUAAUUUUGAGUCAUAAAAUAUGAUUUAGUAACAAAUAAGUUUAAAUAAGCAAUAAAAACUUUUUAUUUUUGUAAGCCUUUAUAGUUGCUUGCUUUAAAUUCAUAAAAUUACUUUACCUGUCAAUUAAUCAACCCGAUUCUACUGACGAAAUGUAAACAAAAGUU